GGGGCGGCCGGCUGGUUGGCCGGACUGAGUUUGGGCACCGUCGGAAGAGUCAGCCAGAGUCGCCGCAGCCGGGCCGGCCUGCCCUGCCUCGUUGCUUGCCGAGAAGCGGAGACCGGAGCGGGCCCCUACCCGAUUUUUCUUUUCCCUGCGGGGCUUUUCUCGUGGACUCGCCUUCCCUCCCACCGGCCGCCACGCUGGCGCAUCUCCUGUCCGCCCCGGCGAUGUACAGCUUGCUAGAGACGGAGCUCAAGCCGCCUCAGGCCAACCCCGGCGGCGGAGGCAACGGGGGUCCCGGGAGCGCCGUCAAAGGAGGAGGAGGAGGCGUCGGCGGGGCCAACGCGGCUGGCCCGGAUCAGGACCGGGUCAAGCGUCCCAUGAACGCCUUCAUGGUGUGGUCGCGGGGCCAGCGUCGCAAGAUGGCCCAGGAGAACCCCAAGAUGCACAACUCGGAGAUCUCCAAGCGGCUGGGCGCCGACUGGAAGCUGCUGAGCGACGCCGAGAAGCGGCCCUUCAUCGACGAGGCCAAACGGCUGCGCGCCGUCCACAUGAAGGAGUAUCCGGAUUACAAGUACCGGCCCCGUCGCAAGACCAAGACGCUGCUCAAGAAGGACAAGUACGCGCUGCCGGGGAACCUGCUGGCCCCGAGCGGCGGUCCCGGGGGCGGCGGCGGCGGAGGUGGCGGAGGCGGAGGCGGCGGGGUGGGCAGCCCGGUGGGCGUCGGGCAGCGCCUGGACUCGUACGCGCACGUGAACGGCUGGCCCAACGGCGCGUACGCGGCCGCCGCCUCGCUGAUGCCCGACCAGCUGGGCUACGGGCAGCACCCGGCCAUGAGCAACGCGCAGCUCCAGUCGCUCCACCGCUACGACGUGAGCGGCCUCCAGUACAGCCCCAUCAUGUCCGGGGCGCAGCCUUACAUGACGGCCGCCGCUUCCAGCUACAGCAUGGCCGCGGCCGCGGCCGCCGCCUACGGCCAGCCGCCGCCGUCGAGCCACGCCAUGAGCCUGGGGACUAUGAGCUCGGUGGUCAAAGCCGAGCCCAGCUCGCCGCCGCCGGCCAUCGCCUCGCACUCGCAGCGCGCCUGCCUGGGGGACCUGCGCGACAUGAUCAGCAUGUACCUGCCGCCCGGCGGAGACGCGGCCGACCCGUCCAGCCUGCAGAGCGGAGGACGCCUCCACGGCGCCCACCAGCACUACCACCAGAGCCCCGCCGGGCCGGCUGUCAACGGCACCGUCCCACUGACUCAUAUCUGAGAGCCCGCCGGAGAGCGCCCACCGCCAUCCGAGCCUGCCUGCCUGCCUAAGAGGCCGCCCCGUCGAGGCUCCCGCCGCGGCGCUGCUAGGUUCCCGGCUUGCCUGCCGCCCGCGCUGGGAGACUCCGCCGACGCCGUCUUUCGAGGAGACCCCCGCCCACCCCUCCAGCCCCGGGUGCUUUUUCCCGCCUGCGGAGCGCCACGUCGGGCAGAAAAGGAACUUUUCUUCCCUUUGGGUUGGUUUUUCACCUAAAAAAACAAAACAUGACAUUUCUUGUCUGGCUAUCCUAGAAGCACCGAUUGACUUGUUUUUUUUUAAAAAAAAAAAAAACACUUUUUGCAAAAGGCGCUGUAAAAUUGCUCUGUUCUCCCCUCCCUCUCCCCCCCCCGUCGACCCUUUC